UUGACCAGCAGCUCCCUCCCUCUCCCCUCUCUGUUGCUUCCCUGGCCUCCCCUUGCCUCACCUUCCUCUCCACCUUCCUCCUCCCCUCCCCACCCCACCGCGCCAACCUACCGGGCCUUGCUGCCUGCCUAUAUACCUCGCCCGCGCGCCCCCACACGCGCACACAUAUGCUUAGCUCCCAGCCCCAGACCCCGGCCACCCAUGGGCGCCUGCAUCUCCUCCUCCCCCGCUUCCGCCGACGACGCCGGCGAGCGCUGGUCGUCCAAGGAGGAGAAGAGGAAGAAGCGCCGCGGCGGCGCGUCUCCGGAAGGCGGGAGCAAGGGGCCGGUGGUGCCGGUGGAGUUCGGCUACGAGAGGGACUUCGAGGCGCGGUACGAGGUCGGGCGGCUGCUCGGCCACGGCCAGUUCGGGUACACCUUCGCCGCCACGGACCGCGGCUCCGGGGACCGCGUCGCCGUCAAGCGCAUCGACAAGGCCAAGAUGAAACGUCAUGUUGCCGUGGAGGAUGUGAAAAGAGAAGUGAAGAUUCUUAAAGAACUCAAAGGACAUGAGAAUAUUGUUCACUUCUACAGUGCAUUUGAGGAUGAUUCAUACGUGUAUAUUGUGAUGGAACUAUGUGAGGGUGGUGAACUAUUAGACCGGAUUUUGGCAAAAAAAAAUAGCCGUUAUAGUGAGAAAGAUGCUGCGGUGGUAGUUCGCCAAAUGCUCAAGGUGGCUGCUGGGUGUCAUCUUCGUGGGUUAGUUCAUCGAGAUAUGAAGCCUGAGAACUUCCUUUUCAAAUCAAAUAAGGAGGAUUCGCCGCUAAAGGUAACAGAUUUUGGUUUGUCUGACUUCAUAAAGCCAGGGAAGAAGUUCCAUGAUAUUGUCGGCAGUGCCUAUUAUGUUGCACCAGAAGUAUUGAAACGGCGGUCUGGCCCUGAAUCAGAUGUUUGGAGCAUAGGAGUUAUAACCUACAUUUUGCUCUGUGGGAGGCGACCUUUUUGGGACAAGACAGAAGACGGUAUAUUCAAGGAGGUUCUAAGGAACAAGCCUGAUUUUCGUAAGAGGCCUUGGUCGAGCAUCAGUCCAGGCGCUAAAGAUUUUGUUAAGAGGUUACUAGUGAAGAACCCAAGGGCAAGACUAACAGCUGCUCAAGCUCUCUCACAUCCAUGGGUUAGAGAAGGAGGAGAAGCAUCCGAGAUCCCUGUUGACAUAUCUGUGUUAUCCAACAUGCGUCAGUUUGUCAAGUACAGCCGUUUUAAGCAAUUUGCACUUAGGGCUUUAGCGAGUACGCUCAAUGAGGAAGAGCUAGCGGAUCUGAAGGAUCAGUUUGAUGCAAUUGAUGUUGAUAAAAGUGGAUCAAUAAGUAUCGAGGAAAUGCGACAUGCCCUUGCAAAGGAUCUUCCUUGGAGAUUGAAGGGCCCCCGUGUGCUUGAGAUUAUUCAAGCAAUCGACAGCAACACUGAUGGUCUCGUGGACUUCAAAGAGUUCGUUGCAGCAACUCUCCAUAUACAUCAGAUGGCCGAGCUUGAUUCUGAAAGGUGGGGCCUACGCUGCCAAGCUGCUUUCAGCAAAUUUGAUCUGGAUGGUGAUGGAUACAUUACUCCAGAGGAGCUUAGAAUGAUGCAGCACACUGGCUUAAAGGGGUCUAUUGAGCCACUGCUGGAGGAGGCCGACAUCGAUAAAGAUGGGAGAAUAAGCCUGUCUGAAUUCCGCAAGCUCCUGCGGACCGCGAGCAUGAGCAACAUUCCCAGCCCAAGGGGGGUUCCAAAUCCUCAAGCUUUGUGAAUUGUGGCGCAGCAAAAUUAGGGAGGAGCAAAUAGGAAGAUACCGUACAGUAGUCAUGCGAUUCUUCUUCUUUUGUUUCUUAGCGUGCCAUGUGAUGUUGAUGUUUCUGAUUUUAGCAUCCAGGUUAUGUGUUGUGAGCAGCAAGGAGAUAGGUUUCGAGGUAAAUAUUUAGUAUUUAUAGAGAAGUAUGAGAGGUCGAGGUCAAAAUGGUAAAGAAGACUUCCCAUUCUCUUUCAUGUACAGUCUUAUAUGUAUGAUUUGAUUAUACUAUUGAUCGCAAUAAAAUUGUCUGAAGGAGUGAGGAGUGCUA